UACUCUUUCUUCACUUCAGUGUCCGUGAUGGAGUCUCUUCGUCUGCUUGCUGUUUUAGCUCUGUUAUGUCUUGCUGCUGCUGGGAGGGACGAUGUGACGUCGUCUCAUUCGGCUGAAGAAUACUGGCGUUCAAUCUGGCCAGACACUUCUUUGCCAAAGAAUUUAGAGUAUCUUUUGGGAUCUGGAGGUGUGAACGAAGGAGAAAUUAAAGAUACUCAAUAUCCUUAUACUAGUUUCUUUGAAGAUGACCUUCAUCCUGGCAAAGAGAUGAAGAUAACAUUUAACUCGCCUUACCCAACUCAACCUUAUGGCAUCCUAGCAUUGAAAAGGAACAAUAUGAAUGAAAACUCAAAGAAGCCAACUUCAACUCAACCUUAUGGUGUUUUUGCAUGGAAAAAGAAUAGCAUGAAUGAAAACUCAGAGAAACCAGCUUCAACUCAACCUUAUGGUGUCUUUGCAUGGAAAAGAAACAAUAUGGAUGUAAACUCAAAGAAGCCAGCUUCAACUCAACCUUAUGGUGUCUUUACAUGGAAAAAGAAUAAUAUGGAUGAAAACUUAGACAAGCCAGUUACAGCUCAACCUUAUGGUGUCUUUGCAUGGAAAAGGAACAAUAUGGAUGCACAUUCAGAGAAACCAGCUUUAACUCAACUUUAUGGUGUCUUUGCAUGGAAAAGGAACAAUAUAGAUGAUAACUCAGAGAAGCCAGCUUUGGCUCAACCUUAUGGUGUCUUUGCAUGGAAAAAGAAUAAUAUGGAUGAAAACUCAGACAAGCCAGUUACAACUCAACCUUAUGGUGUCUUUGCAUGGAAAAGGAACAAUAUGGAUGCACACUCAAAGAAGCCAGCUUUAGCUCAACCUUACGGUGUCUUUGCAUGGAAAAAGAACAAUGUUUAUGAAAACUCAGAGAAGCCAACUUCAACUCAACAUUAUGGUGUCUUUGCAUGGAAAAGGAACAAUAUGAAUGAAAUCUCAGAGAAGCCAAAUUCAGCUCAACCUUAUGGUGUCUUUGCAUGGAAAAGGAAUAAUAUGGAUGACAACUUAGAGAGUCCUUCUUCAACUCAACCAUAUGGUGUCUUUGCAUGGAAAAGGAAUAAUGUGGAUGAAAACUUAGAGAAGCCAGCUACAACUCAACCUUAUGGUGUCUUUGCAUGGAAAAGGAAUAAUAUGGAUAAAAACUCAAAGAAGCCAGCUUUAGCUCAACCUUAUGGUGUCUUUGCAUGGAAAAGGAACAAUAUGGAUGCAGACUCAAUGAAGCCAGCUUUAGCUCAACCUUAUGGUGUCUUUGCAUGGAAAAGGAAUAAUAUAGAUGACAACUCAGAGAAGCCAGCUUCAACUCAACCUUAUGGUGUCUUUGCAUGGAAAAAGAACAAUAAGGUUACAAACUCAGAGAAUUUAAGCUUGGAAUCAAUAUGCAACAUUAAGGAAAGGUUUAUAGGAGAAAAUGACAAGUUUUGUGUAGAGUCCAUUGAAUCAUUACUUGAUUUCGUCAUUUCAAAGCUGGGGAAGGACAUUGAAGCUCUAACAAGCUCCUUUGUCCCUCAUCAAACUCAAUAUACAAUAUUGGAAGGCGUACAGAGGGUUUCAAAUAAAGGAGUGAUGUGUCACAAGUUGAAUUUUGAGAAGCCUAUGUUUUAUUGUCAUCAGGUGAAUGGAACAAUAACUUAUAUAGUUCCUAUGGAAGCUGCAGAUGGCACGAGAACAAAUAUAGUGGCUCUUUGCCAUCAUGAUACAAGAGGCUUGGAUCCUCAUAAGUUGUUCCAUCAACUUAAGGUCAUGCCAGGAACUGUGCCUAUUUGCCAUUUUUUAGGCUCGGGAGCUAUUUCUUGGGUUCCAAAGAACAAGGACCUUAAGGUUGCUUACUAGGCAAGCCAGGCUACCUAGGUUGACCUCUUUCAAUUAUGACUUAUAAAUAAAGCACCACCAUGUAUCGUUAUGUGUUUAGAUGUUGUGUGCUAGAUAAAACUAUCUGUAUAAUGCUUGUAUGUUAUGUAAUAUAUGUAUUAUAUUUGUGAUAUAAAAACAUUAAAAUCUAUAA